UAAUGGGAAGUGGGCGUGGUGAGCGGAAGGAAGCGGACGGAAAGAAGAUGGCCAGCGUCGUUACUACGACACGUCUGGUGAUUUAAUCUCGGGACUGAACACGAGCUAAAGUAGAAACUACGCUAACGGAUUGUUAUUCUUCGUGUUGUCGCGGAUCUCAGUGUCCACUUGGCAGGAGGAUGAGUAACAACAUGGCUGCACUUGGACCCGAAAUCCGAGGACUUCACGUCGCUGAGGACGACUGCAGGAUCUUGAGAGUGAAAGUCAUCGCUGGGAUUGGACUGGCUAAGAAGGACAUCCUGGGCGCGAGUGACCCAUACACCAGACUCUCUCUGUAUGACCCAGUUACUGGUGAAUUGGUCAGCCUCCAAACUAAAACCAUCAAAAAGACACUGGAUCCAAAGUGGAACGAGGAGUUCUUUUUCAAAGUUCAUCCACGGAAGCAUCGUCUGCUGCUCGAAGUGUUUGACGAGAAUCGUUUGACACGUGAUGACUUCCUGGGUCAGGUGGACGUUCCUCUGCAUCAGAUCCCAACAGAAGCUCUGGGCAGCGAGAGACCCUACACAUUUAAAGACUUUCUGCUCCAUCCGAGAAGUCACAAGUCAAGGGUCAAAGGUCACCUGAGGCUAAAGAUGACCUACCUUCCCAAGAACAAUGGGUCAGAGGAGGAGCAGAGCGAGCAGGUCGAGGAAGUGGACCCCGGUUGGGAGUUCCUGGAGAGUCAGGAUGUGUGCGGACCGUGUCAACCUCACCAGCUGCCCGCUCUGCCCCCUGGCUGGGAGGAGAGGCAGGACAACCUCGGCAGAACCUACUACGUUAACCACGAGACCCGAACCACACAGUGGCACAGACCCACCAUCCAGGAUGUGCAGAGAGAGGCAGAGCUGAGGCAGAGCACACACGUACAACUUCCUUUCAUCACACGCAGACAGAUCUCUGACCAUGAUGAGAGCAACGAGCGCAGAGAAUCACCCGAGAGCUGGGAGAUCAUCACUGAGGAUGAGGGAACUCUGUACAGCAGUCAGAAUCAGGUCUCUCCUCCUCCUCUUCAGUCUCCACUGGAUUACACAACGUUCCCUGAGGACUUCUGCAGGUUACAGAUAGGCAGCGAGAGACGCACCUCCGUCCCUGGUCCUGGCAGUCGGAGAGGGAGCGCACCCUUGUUGACUGUAGAGGAACAUCCUGUUCAUCCUGUGAUGUUGCCCACGACCCCAGGUUUGCCCCCUGGCUGGGAGGAGAAGCAGGACAGUAAGGGUAGAAUUUAUUACAUCAACCACAAGAGCAGAAUCUCCACCUGGACCCGGCCACUUGUCCAGUUGAUCCAGCCGGCUGAAGGAGCCGCUUCGUCUUCAGGGGGCGGAGCCCGUGGUCGCUCUCCAAGCCCCACGGUGUACGCCCCACCCCAAGCCUCGCCCUUAGCCUCACCCCUGCACUCCCCCGGCCCGCAGCACACACACACCUUUGAGUUCACAGGCUCCAUGCCUCCAGGGUGGGAGGUCCGGAGCGCUCCGAACGGACGGCCCUUCUUCAUCGACCACAACACCAAGAGCACCACCUGGGAAGACCCCAGGUUGAGGAUUCCUGUUCACAUGAGGAAACAAGCCUCGCUCGACCCCAACGACCUCGGCCCGCUGCCGCCCGGCUGGGAGGAGAGGGUUCACAGUGAUGGAAGAAUCUUCUACAUUGACCACAACACUAAGACCACACAGUGGGAAGACCCCAGACUGCAGAACUCCGCCAUCACUGGACCGGCCGUGCCUUAUUCCAGAGACUACAAGCAGAAGUACGAAUAUUUCCGCAAGAAGCUCAAGAAACCAGCAGAUAUCCCGAACCGUUUUGAGAUGUCCGUGAGAAGGAACGCUCUCCUUGAGGACUCGUACCGUCGUAUCCUGUCCGUCAAACGACCCGACCUCCUGAAGGCCCGCCUCUGGGUGGAGUUUGCAGGGGAGAGGGGGCUGGACUAUGGGGGCGUGGCUAGAGAGUGGUUCUUCCUCAUCUCCAAGGAGAUGUUUAACCCGUAUUAUGGGCUGUUUGAAUACUCUGCUCUGGACAACUUCACGCUGCAGAUCAACCCAAACUCAGGCCUCUGUAACGAGGAUCAUCUCUCCUACUUCAAGUUCAUCGGGCGUGUGGCGGGGAUGGCCGUCUACCACGGCAAGCUUCUGGACGCGUUUUUUAUUCGACCGUUUUACAAGAUGAUGCUGCAGAAGUCGAUCACGUUACAGGACAUGGAGUCUGUGGACAGCGAAUACUUUAACUCUCUAAAAUGGAUCCUGGAGAACGACCCCACUGACCUGGAUCUCCGUUUCACCAUCGACGAGGAGCUCUUUGGGCAGACGCACCAGCACGAGUUGAAGCCGGGCGGCGCUGACGUGGUCGUCACCGACUCCAACAAAAAAGAGUACAUCCACCUUGUGAUGCAGUGGAGAUUCGUGAACCGGGUUCAGAAGCAAAUGUCCGCCUUCAAGGAGGGCUUCUACGAGCUCAUCCCACAGGAUCUGAUUAAGAUCUUCGAUGAGAACGAGCUGGAGCUGCUGAUGUGCGGUUUGGGCGACGUGGACGUUAACGACUGGAGAGAAAACACCAAGUAUAAGAACGGCUACGGACCCAACCAACCCGUCAUCCAGUGGUUCUGGAAGGCUGUGUUGCUGAUGGAUGCUGAGAAGCGAAUCCGUCUGCUGCAGUUUGUAACAGGAACGUCCCGCGUGCCCAUGAACGGAUUCGCCGAGCUCUACGGGUCCAACGGGCCGCAGUUAUUCACCAUCGAGCAGUGGGGAACCCGAGAAAAACUGCCCCGUGCUCACACGUGCUUUAACCGUCUGGACCUGCCGCCGUACGAGUCGUUCGAGGAGCUGCGUGAGAAGCUCAACAUCGCCAUCGAGAACACUCAGGGCUUCGACGGAGUCGACUAGAGGUGCCAUGGUGCUACGGCGUUCCCAUGGAGAUCACAGAGGGUGCAGCGGGCGUACGAGGCGCGCCGGGUGCUUACGUCACGCCCACGUUACAGCGACACGACCAUCAGAGACGAGACUUUUUUUAUUCUGCAGUCAGGAUCAGGGUGUGGAGGAAACCUGCGCUUCAGAAAAUCCAACAACGCUCUUAUUAUCACUGCUUUUACACCACUGUAUCACGAGCUCGCAGAUUUCUCUACAAUGUUUACACAAGUCCAAAUAAACAACAUUGAAGUAUGUUAAAUGUAGACUUAAUAAACACCUCCGGGUUUCACCCGCCGUCACCACGGAGAAUCUACACUGCACAACUGCGUAAGCUUUCCGAGAUGAACUGCGGUUCAUCCGACGGUAUAUCCAGUGUUUGUUUUCUAAUGAAUUCGCAGCUUGUAUAAAGCACUGUAUCGUUUGAGGUUAUUCUGUGGAUUAUAAACUUGCCUACACGUUAAAAAAUAUAAAUCACGAUCGUUCAUGAUAUUAAUAUUAAUAUUAACGCGCAUCAGCAGUUUGGGUGUUUUGAAGAAGUGUUCCACGUGUUUUUGCCUCCAUCUCAGGGUUUGGUGGCAGUAUUCGUCUUAUCUUUCCUUUUCUUUCUUCCUGAUUUAUUCCUGCUGCACUCUUUAAAACGCAGUUUAAGUGAACCUGGUUUACCGGCGGAUCGCUUCAGGAAACUUUUGUACUUUAACACCUUUUAGAGGGUCUUUUAGAACAACAGAACGAGUCUUAAUCAGCGUCUGGGUGUCGGUUAGCGAGCUUGUCCUUCCUCGUCUUGGGUUUCAGGGAGAAAUCCUCGGCUCGGAUCGUUUCUCGGAUAUGUUUACAUGCUGAGCGAAAGCACUUUCUCUUUCUCACUAUGGAAAUUUAUCAGACUGUUAAACUCCAGUGCCCUCGUCUGUCCGUGAGAGCGGCUCGUAAGCUGUUUUGUCGUUCCGUGUUAAAACGAAUCUUUUUAUUUGAUUGUUUUUUGUUUUUGUUUUUGUUUUUUUUUGUUUUUCUUAAACCGAUUAGAUAUUUUAUCUGAACGUUCGCCCUUUAUGCAGAAAAGCAAAAAAUGUUCAGCACAAAGUUUGUGUGCAGGACCAGGGGACUAAAUAAAUAAAUAGAUAAAUAUAUUUCUUAAAAUAUAUUCAAGUAAAUUCCUUGUUUGCUGGUAAAUAAUCAAUCCAAGAUUGUGUAUAAAUAAAUAUACGUUCUGAGUAGUAUUUUUGCCUGACAAUUUUUAAUAAAAAAAAUAUUUUAUAUGAACUAACAGUUGAAUAAAUAAUAAAUUUAGUAAUGCAUACACGUCGUUUUUAUUUUUUUUUUUUCUUAGUAUAUUUAUAUUUUAUUUUAUUUUGUUUUGUUUUUAUUUUUUUUUUUUCACUCUGGUCCACCGUUUUUAGCAAUAUAAGGGGAAUACAAGUGUAUUAGAAACGAAAGCCUUUAAUCUGGAAUAUAAAUCAUAAUGGUUUAAUCGGGUUAUGUGCCAGUGUUCUUGGCAUCAUAUUUUUGGGAAACAAAUAAAAGAAAAUGUUGUGAGAAA